CAUUUUUCAAUCUAAAAAACUUUUUUAAUAUAGACUUAAAAAUAGCAAACAAAUAUGGGUAACUGUACUGGUCGGAAAAAAUAUUAACUGCAUUCUUCAUUCCCAAACAGUAAUACUGAUUUAGAGAAUAAUGAAUUUGCGCAGCAGAAAAUAAACUAGAUAACGAUUAAUGUCAUAAUUUAUGUAUAAUUCGGAGUUUUAACUUUCCCAAAAAAUUAUGGCAAGAUGGAAGUGUAUAUUAUCAUUUUAAUAAUGAAAAGUUGUCAGACCGUGGAUUUUUUUAAUGCAGAUGGAGAUUGUUAUAUAACCUAGCAUGUUGACAUUCCAACUUUUUAAAUACUAGAUGAUAUUUUCACAGGAACUUUUGAUAUAAUUUUUAAAUCAAAUCAAAAGUUAAUUAAACUAAACAAUAUAAAUGAGUCUGCAGCCUGGAAGUUGAUUUGAUGCUUGUAGACUGUGGAAUAUUUUAUCUAAUACUGACUUGGAUUUUUGUAUAUAUAAUUAUUGAAAAUUACAAAGGAGUGAAAUCUUUCUUUGACAACGUGAACUGGUCUGAAAAAGACAUUUGAUAUGGCCUUGAAAUAACAUAAAUAUGACUCAAAUAUGAUCUUGAAAAAACCAAGUUUCCAGAGAAAAUGUAUGCCCGAUGCCUCAAUAUUAAUUCAUCAACAAUCUGCCAAAACCGGUUAACGAUUCUUUUAAUAUUACUAAUACCUUAAAUAUUCAAUUUCAAUAGGUAAAUGUCAACUAGUAUUUUACUUAAAGAAUUUUAGUCUGGUGAUUUCUUUUGUUUUGAGGAGCUUUUUCUUUUUUUUAAGAAAGCAGUCGGUACUUUAUAAGAAUUUGCGUCUCAAUUCAUCUAUAUUUUGUUCCCAAAAUUGCCUCUGCUCAAGAAAACUUGGGUAUUAAUGCUGAUCAUCACUUGCAUUUCCAACUUUACCAGUUUAUGAUUAAUUUUUGACUUCCACCUAAAUGCCAAUUUUAUGAAAAGAAACAAAUAUCACCUAUCUUAAAAAAAGAUUCUCAACUUAUGCAAGAAAUUUUUAGACUUAUCUCACUAACGUCUAUUUCCUGUAAACUUCUUGAAUCAAUUAUUCAAAUAGAGAUUGUGGGCAAUUUAAUCAGAAAUAAUCUGAUUAUUGCGCAACAACAUGGAUUUUUACUUAGAAAAUUAUGCAAAAUAACUUUGUUAAAGACUAUCAACCAUAAACUCGCAUGGAGAACAAUAUUAUAACUGAUAUUAUUUAUCUCGACUUUGCCAAAGCAUUUGAUACAGUUCCUUUAAAAAGACUUUUGAUUAAAUUAAUAAAUUAUAGUAUUAACAAUUUUAUUCUCUCAUAAAUCAUUCUCUUAAAUUGGAAAAAAAGAAUAGUAAUUAGUCAAAUAGAGUCAGAUUGGAUACGUUUUUAAUAGUAUUCACAAAGUUUUGCAUUAGGUCAACUUCAUUUUGUCAUCUAUCAAAAGGUUUAACUACCAGAUCUAAAUUAAAUGCAAUGAUACUAAAAUUAUUAAUAAUUUUACAUCAUGAAUUUGCCAGCUCUUCAAGAAAAUAUUAUAUAAGCAUUUUAAUGGUCAAAAUAUAUCUUUUUAAGAAUAACGAUAAAAAGUGUCAAGUUAUGAAUUUUGAGAAAAAAAUAUUUCAAAGCACGAUUACUUCAUACCCAAUUCAAAUAAUGACAAAUACAUAACUUUAGAAAAGUCUAUGCAUAAAAAGGAUUUAGAUCUUUAUAAUUUAAAAAAGAUAUCUUAGAAUUAGCCAAGAAACUGAUCUAGAGAAAAUCAUUUUCUCGACUAAGUUUAAGUGAAAACAACAUGCGAUCAGCAAUGCGCCUUUACCAUCUAAAGCAAACCUUUAGUUAUAUUAAUAAACAGACGUUCAUGGUUUUUGAUAUUACAAAUAUCCGUCCUCAUCUUGAAUACGGUAUUGCUGUAUUAUCGUCCUCAUCUUGAAUAUGGUAUUGCUGUAUUACCGUCUUCAUUUUGAAUACGGUAUUGCUGUAUGGUCUACUUACCUUAAAGAAGAUAUGUAUUAAAACAAAUGCAGAGAAACGUAAAAAGAAAACAAUAAACGUAAACUCUUAGUAACUGCUAUGAAUAACACAACAAUUAAUAUCAUUCUUUCAAAGAUAAUUGAAGCUCGGAAAAAAACAAAACAAACUACACAAUCUGAAUGGUUUUUAGUGUUUUCUUUUGGACUUGUAUUUUUUUUUGGAGUUGUAGGAAAUGCCUUUGUCGUAUACGUGUUUGGUUUUAAAAGAAAGUACAAAUUAAAAUUUGAUUGGUUGAUUUUAUGUUUAGGAAUAGUUGAUUUUUUUUCAUCACUUCUAAAUCCCCCAUUGUUUAUUUACUUAACAUUUAAUAAAUACCAGUAUUGGCACUUUGGUGAACUUGGGUGUAAAAUUAUUCCAGCGUUAGGUCCAAUUAUGUCAUCUAUUUCAUCAGGUAUAUUGUUAAUUAUUGCCAUUGAUCGAUACUUGGCAAUUGUGUCUAACUUAAAGGGAUCUUCCAUUCAAUGCGGAACCAUUAAAGUAGCCCUAAUUAUAGAUAUACUUUUAUCAAUUUGUGUGUAUCUUCAUUAUAUAAUAGGAUUAAAGUUUGAACGAAACAAAAACAAUGAUGGUUUUAAUUGCAAAGUACCGGAUGUAAGAUAUUACAAUUUUUCGAUACCAAAUUGCAUUCUCAUUAUAUUUCGUUUUGUAGUUUUUAUUGUUGUGUUUACUUUUACCAACGUAGAAAUAUACUUAAAACUAAGAAGAUGCCGAGAACAAUCGUUUUGCAAGAGCUUAAGACUUCGACAUCGCAGAAAUUCUAAAUCUGCUGUUUAUGUGUUGACAACGAUGGGUGUAGUGUUUAUUUUGCUUGUAUUCCCAAAAGAGAUUUUUCACUUGGUAUACAGUUUGUCAUGGAUGAGAAGCGGUAAAGGCAUCAAGCACACACCUUUUAUAGUAGAAAUUAAUGCCUGGCUAAAAGUGCUUCACACAGCCAAUAGUUGCGCAAACGUUUUUAUUUAUUCGCAGAUGCAUAAAGUUUACCGCAAACAGAUGAUUAAACUUUUAAAAAAAAAUAUUUCAAAAACAGGUUUUCUGAAACUAGAAAAAAACUUGAGAAAGUUAAGUACGCAUCUCCAAAAUAAAACAUUUUUCCAAAGUUUAAACUCUAUCACAAUAAAAGAGGAAAGAAGGAGAAAAUACUUUUUAAAUAAAAUAAAUAAAUAAAAAGUGUAUUUAAUAAGUUUGUAA